AAAUACCUGGAAAAAUACUAUGAUUUGAAGGAUGUGGGGACACACAUUGAAAGGCGCAGAAACAGUGGUUCUGUGGUUGAGAAGCUGAAGCAAAUGCAGGAAUUCUUUGGGCUGCGAGUGACUGGGAAGCCAGAUGCUGAGACCAUGAAGGUGAUGAAGCAGCCAAGAUGUGGGGUGCCUGACGUGGCUCGGUUUGUUCUCACCCAGGGGAACCCUCGCUGGGAGAACACAGAUCUGACUUACAGGAUCGAAAACUACACGCCAGAUUUGUCCAAAGCAGAGGUGGACCACGCCAUAGAGAAAGCCUUUCAACUCUGGAGUAAUGUGACACCCCUGACAUUUACCAAGCUCCCUGCCGGCCAAGCAGAUAUAAUGAUAUCCUUUGUCAGAGGAGAUCAUCAUGACAAUUCUCCUUUUGAUGGAUCUGGAGGAAACCUGGCUCACGCUUUUCAACCAGGCCCAGGUAUUGGAGGGGAUGCUCAUUUCGAUGAAGAUGAAAGGUGGACCAACAAUUACAGAGAUUACAAUUUGUAUCGUGUUGCUGCUCAUGAACUGGGCCACUCCCUUGGACUCUCUCACUCCAUGGAUAUUGGGGCAUUGAUGUACCCCAACUACAUCUUCAGUGGAGAUGUUCAGCUAGCUCAGGAUGACAUUAACGGAAUCCAAACCAUAUAUGGACCUUCGAAAAAUCCCACCCAGCCAACAGGCUCACAGACCCCGGAAGUAUGUGACAGCAAGCUAACCUUUGAUGCCAUAACUACAAUCAGGGGAGAACUGAUGUUCUUCAAAGACAGGUUCUACAUGCGUGCCAAUUCUGUUUACCCAGAAGUCGAACUCAACUUCAUUUCUGUUUUCUGGCCAAGUCUGCCAAGUGGAAUUGAAGCUGCUUAUGAACUUGCUGAGAGGGAUGAAAUCCGGUUUUUCAAAGGGAGUAAGUACUGGGCUGUGCGGGGACAGGACGUGCUCCGGGGAUACCCCAAGGACAUCUACAGCUCUUUCAGCUUCCCCAGGACUGUGAAACAUAUCGAUGCUGCCGUUUCGGAGGAAGACACUGGGAAAACAUACUUCUUCGUUGCUAACAAGUACUGGAGGUAUGAUGAAUAUAAACGGUCCAUGGAUGCAGGUUAUCCCAAAAUGAUAGCAUAUGACUUUCCUGGAAUUGGCCACAAAGUUGAUGCUGUUUUCAAGAAAGAUGGUUUUUUUUAUUUCUUUCAUGGAACAAGGCAAUACAAAUUUGAUGCUAAAACAAAGCGAAUUCUGUCUCUCCAGAAAGCUAAUAGCUGGUUCAACUGCAGACAAAAAUGAAAAGCUGCAUCAGAGUUCAUGGGAAAGAUGCUUUGUGAGCCCAAGGAAGAUGUAUUUCUCAAGAGCCAUAUAUUUGUUUUCAGUAUUUUAUUUAACUUCUAGAAGCACAGAUGCACAGAACUAUUUAUGCUUUGCCCUGCUAUUUAUACUUUAUUCUGCAUUUUUAUAACUUACAGUAUAGUGUUUUAUAUUAUGAUAUAAUUUAGUUUCACAAUCAAUGGCCAAAUAAAGGUCAGAUUCCUGGUUGACAGGCCUACCCAAGCCAGUCUGGCAAAGAGGAUCAUCCACAGGAUGAGUCU